UAAAUAGAAAAAAAGUGAGACUUCAAUUUAUUCAAACGACACGAGAUUAAACUGAACUACGAAUGAUAGCAUUUUGGCAUCUUCAUUUUAUUUAGAAAAAUUAAAGUGAUUUAACCAUUUUAAAGUAUAAACAUAAAUUCAAAUAUGUCAUCUUAUCGAAUGUUAAAAGCGAUAUCAAGACUGGAACCGAAAUCAUCGCACUGUUUCCGACGAUAUUCAUCAAUAACAGACAAAUCUUUAAAAUUAAAUAGCACGGAAACACAAGCCCGAGCGCAGUCAUAUGCAAGUGCACAAUUGUUAUUGAACAAAUAUUUGACACUAUUUUCCGAAAAGCCACCAAAGGGUUUUGGUAAAUUUUUUGGGGAACGUAGCUCAAAUGAACCGCCAAAAGAAGACAAUGAAAGCAAAAGUAAACCGCCACCAAAACGCGAAAGACCAGCACGCGAUUCAAGUGAACCAAAUCCGUUUAAAAAGUUUGGUUUUGAAUUCAAGUUUGGAAAUAGUAGUGGCGGCAGAGAAUCAAAUGACAAAAAAUCAUCAUCGGGCGGAAAAAAUAAUUCGGAUAGAGAAAAAUGGUUUACAUUCGGUAUGAUUGGUGCAGCUAUUGGUAUUGCUGUCUGGUCGUAUUACGGUUAUGCAUACCAAGAGCUUAGCUGGAAAGAAUUGACAAAUUUGAUUUCCAAAGGGAAUAUUGAGCGCCUGGAAGUUAUUAAUAAAAAAUGGGUUCGCGUUGUAAUGGUACCUGGAACUGAAGCAACAACAAAAACUUGUUGGUUCAAUAUUGGAAGCGUUGAUUCGCUUGAAAGAAAUUUGGAGAACGUACAACUCGAUCUCAACAUCGAUCCAAAUAACUAUGUGAAUGUGCUUUAUAAAAAUCAAUUCGAAAUGGAAAGUUUGUCUGGUCUUAUACCAACUUUACUCAUCAUUGGCUCCUUUUUGUAUAUGAUGCGCAAAUCGUCAUCACUAAUGGGCGGAAAAGGUGGCGGACUUUUUGGUGGAGUCAUGCAAUCAACGGCAAAGCUCGUUAAUCCAUCUGAAAUUUCCGUUCGAUUCAAAGAUGUGGCUGGAUGUGAAGAGGCGAAAGUGGAAAUUAUGGAAUUUGUGAACUUUUUAAAGAAUCCAGACCAAUACAUUAAAUUAGGAGCGAAAAUUCCAAAAGGAGCUAUGUUAACCGGCCCACCAGGUACUGGCAAAACGUUAUUGGCAAAAGCAACAGCUGGUGAAGCCAAUGUGCCGUUCAUUUCGGUGUCUGGUUCGGAAUUCUUAGAGAUGUUUGUUGGUGUUGGUCCAUCACGUGUACGUGAUAUGUUUAAACAAGCACGAAAAAAUGCCCCAUGCAUUUUAUUCAUCGAUGAAAUUGAUGCGGUCGGUCGAAAGCGUGGUGGUAAAAAUUUUGGCGGUCACUCAGAAGCCGAGAACACAUUGAAUCAGCUUUUAGUUGAAAUGGAUGGUUUCAAUACAACGACAAAUGUAGUCGUAUUGGCCGCUACGAAUCGUGUCGAUAUUUUGGAUAAAGCGCUUUUACGUCCUGGACGUUUUGAUCGGCAAAUUUAUGUGCCAGCGCCUGAUAUAAAAGGACGUGCAAGCAUAUUUAAAGUUCAUUUAGGUCCAUUAAAAACCGAUUUAGAUAAAAUGGAGCUAUCACGAAAAAUGGCCGCUCUAACGCCUGGUUUCACUGGUGCCGAUAUAGCAAAUGUUUGUAAUGAGGCUGCAUUGAUUGCGGCCCGUGAUUCAUAUGAAUCCAUAAUAUUGAAGCAUUUUGAGCAAGCAAUUGAACGUGUCAUUGCUGGUAUGGAAAAGAAAACGAAUGUAUUGUCACCGGAUGAAAAACGUACGGUUGCCUAUCAUGAAGCUGGUCAUGCAAUUGCCGGUUGGUUUUUGGAAUUUUCCGAUCCAUUGUUGAAAGUUUCAAUAAUUCCGCGUGGAAAAGGUCUUGGAUAUGCACAAUACUUACCAAAAGAUCAGUAUCUAUUAUCAAAAGAGCAAUUAUUUGAUCGAAUGUGUAUGACAUUGGGUGGACGUUGUUCGGAGGAGAUUUUCUUUGGUCGCAUUACAACCGGUGCCCAAGAUGAUUUACAAAAAGUCACACAAAAUGCAUAUGCUCAAAUUUCUGUAUAUGGUAUGAAUGAAAAAGUUGGCAAUGUUAGUUUUGAUACACAAGAACGAGUUACCAAACCAUAUUCCGAACAAACGGCCCAACUCAUUGACGAUGAAGUGAGACUUCUUAUCGAUUCAGCAUACGUACGAACGAAGGAUUUACUUCUUAAGCAUAAAUCGGAUGUAGAAAAGGUUGCCGAACGCUUACUUAAAAAUGAGGUAUUGAAACGUGAAGAUAUGAUUGAAUUGCUUGGACCACGUCCAUUCAAAGAGAAAUCCACAUAUGAAGAGUUUGUUGAAGGUACCGGCUCAUUUGAAGAAGAUACCACAUUGCCAGAAGGUCUUAAGAGUUGGAAUAAAGAGAAAACUGCAGAUACUACUAAACCACCAGCAUCCGUAGAAAAACAAACAACGGAACCAACGUCAACAAAUACCGAAAGUCAGGAAAAGAAAUCAUAAUUCUGCGUUUAUUUUGUUUUUUUUUUUUCUUUCAAUAAAUCGAAACUGUUAUAGCAUCUCUUUAAAUUAAAAAGAAAAGAAAAU